GGACGACGCAUGUGCCUCUCGGGGGAGAGUGCGAGUGAGCCGGCAACCACCCCCCGGUGCAAGCCACCCCCCCCGUGUGGUGUUCCCUCUAUAUGCGAGAUCGUUGUCGCUCGAUUCUGCGCCGUUGCGUGUUUCCCGCAGGGCGGCUCCUACCGCCUAAUGUUCUCUUCCUGGCGUUACCGUGCGCACCCCCGAGGGAUGUGUGCACAAAUGGUGGUGUAACGUGCGUGGUCGGUGCUGAAGGAGAGACGAGCGUUUCGUGCGUGCGUGCGUGCGUGCGUACGGCCGACGUCGGGUUCCGAACAAUCUAGAGGCGUUUAUCCAGGCCCAGCCAUUUAUCGCAAUGGUCACCGACAAUACCAGUCAGGCUGAUGACACGACAGCAUUUCUUCGCGCUGCUCGGUCCGGCAACCUCGAGAAAGUGAUCGAAUUUCUUGAUACUGACUUAGAUAUUAAUACAGCCAACUCGAAUGGUCUAAAUGCAUUGCAUUUAGCUUCGAAGGAUGGCCAUGUUGAAAUAGUAACAGAAUUAUUAAAAAGAGGCGCAAAGGUGGAUGCGGCGACGAAGAAAGGAAAUACUGCAUUACAUAUAGCUUCAUUAGCUGGUCAAUCCGAAAUAGUCAAUAUACUUAUUCAAUAUGGAGCCGCGGUUAAUAUCCAGUCGCAAAAUGGAUUCACUCCUUUAUACAUGGCUGCGCAGGAGAAUCACGACCAGGUCGUCAAACUCCUGCUCAGUAAUGGAGCCAAUCAGAGUCUCGCGACUGAAGAUGGAUUUACACCACUUGCUGUGGCAAUGCAGCAAGGUCACGACAAGGUAGUCAGCGUACUUUUAGAAAACGAUUCUAAGGGUAAGGUCAGAUUGCCGGCAUUACAUAUCGCUGCGAAGAAGGAUGAUUGCAAAGCUGCUGACUUGCUCUUACAGAACGAUCAUAAACCCGAUGUAACAUCGAAGAGUGGCUUCACCCCUCUUCACAUAGCCGCUCAUUAUGGAAACGAAGAGAUCGCCCGGUUAUUAAUAAAACGAGGAGCCGAUGUAAAUUACUUAGCUAAGCAUAACAUAAGUCCGCUACAUGUGGCGGCGAAGUGGGGCAAGAACAAUAUGGUUAAAAUAUUAUUAGAAAACUCGGCGCAAAUCGAUGCUAAGACCAGAGAUGGUUUAACUCCGCUUCAUUGUGCAGCGCGAUCAGGACACGAACAAGUUGUCAGCACGCUUCUUGAAAAUUCGGCGCCGAUUAGCGCUCGUACUAAGAAUGGGCUCGCCCCGUUACACAUGGCUUCUCAAGGAGAUCACGUGGAUGCUGCAAGAGUACUGCUGUACCAUCGAGCGCCAGUAGACGAAGUAACCAUUGAUUAUCUGACUUCGCUCCACGUUGCCGCACACUGCGGACACGUUAGAGUCGCCAAAUUGCUACUCGAUCGUAAAGCCGAUCCGAAUGCUCGCGCUCUGAAUGGCUUCACACCACUUCACAUCGCUUGCAAGAAGAAUCGCAUCAAAGUGGUGGAACUUCUACUGAAGCACGGUGCAUCCAUUGAAUCGACCACGGAGUCCGGACUGACUCCAUUACAUGUGGCCAGUUUUAUGGGGUGUAUGAAUAUCGUGAUAUUCCUACUGCAGCAUGAAGCCAAUCCUGACGUGCCAACUGUUAGGGGUGAAACACCCCUGCAUCUGGCAGCUAGAGCUAAUCAAACAGACAUUAUUCGAAUUUUGCUAAGAAAUGGUGCCAAAGUCGAUGCUCGUGCAAGGGAACAACAAACGCCGCUUCAUAUAGCAUCACGAUUAGGAAAUAUCGAUAUUGUUAUGCUGCUGCUGCAGCAUGGCGCGGCCGUGGACACCGCUACGAAAGAUAUGUACACGGCACUUCAUAUCGCGGCGAAGGAAGGUCAAGAGGAGGUGGCGGCCAUUCUUGUGGAAAACAAUGCUUCUCUCAAGGCUGCAACGAAAAAUGGUUUUACACCUUUACAUAUUGCGGCUAAGUACGGAAAUAUGAAUGUCGCAAAUAUACUCUUACAAAAAGAAAGCAAACUUGAUGUUCAAGGAAAGAACGAUAUCACACCCUUACAUUUGGCAUGCCAUUAUGAUCAUCCAAAUGUUGCAACUCUUUUAUUAGAAAAAGGAGCAUCAUCUCACCUUGCAUCGCAAAAUGGACACACUCCACUACAUAUUGCUGCUCGCAAAAAUCAGAUGGACAUUGCUUCUACUCUCUUAGAGAACGGAGCAAACGCAAAUGCAGAAUCCAAAGCGGGUUUCACUCCGCUGCAUCUGAGUGCGCAGAAAGGACAUUACGAUAUGACGAAUUUGCUAAUUGAACAUGGUGCCAAUCCCAAUCACAAAGCCAAGAAUGGACUCACGGCGUUGCAUUUGUGCGCGCAAGAAGAUUUUAUUAGGGUGGCCUCUAUCUUAGUAAAGAAUGGAGCCGACGUUGAGAGUCAAACAGAAACUGGUUAUAGACCGAUACACGUUGCUGCGCAUUUCGGAAAUUUGUCGAUGAUACGCUUUUUACUAAAACAUAAUGCUGAAAUUGAUGUUAGAACUAACCAGAAUUAUACCCCACUUCAUCAGGCCGCCCAACAAGGUCAUGCUCAUAUUGUCACUGCUUUAUUAGAAGGAAAUGCUUCACAUAAAGCACGCACUAACGAUGGCUUAACAGCGUUGAACAUAGCACAAAAAUUAGGAUAUAUUUCUGUGAUGGAAGUGCUAAAAGGAUUGCCUUAUGAUAGCAUGACUCCGGAUAACAAAAAUUGGGAGGAAAAGUACAAAGUGAUAGCUCCAGAAAGUUUGCAAGAGACUAGUUUCAUGUCUGAUUCGGAUGAUGAAGGAGGUUCUGAUGCAUUAAUUAGCGAACAGCCUUAUCGAUAUCUCACAGCAGACUUGAUGAAGAGUUUAAGAGAUGAUUCAUUGCCUAUCGAUGUUACUAGAGAUGAUCCGGUACACAGACCAAUUACGAAAGAAGAGAAGCAAGAAUUUACGCAAAGCAAUAAUUACUGUUUAGCAGAAAAUUUUGAUAACGAUGGACUGAAUCUGGGGAAAUUGCAUUUUAGAUCAUUUUUGAUAAGUUUCUUGGUGGAUGCACGUGGUGGUGCCAUGAAGGGGUGUAGACAUAGCGGCGUAAGAAUUAUUGUACCACCUCGAAGAGCAACGAUGCCGAUUCGUGUAACAUGCAGAUUAUUAAAGGCAAACAAAGUGGCGAAUCCACCUCCUUUGAUGGAAGGAGAAGCUCUUGCUACUCGAAUUAUCGAGAUGGGUCCGGUGGGCGCGAGAUUUUUAGGACCCGUCUUAAUUGACAUACCACAUUUUGCAUCUGUUCGUGGAAAAGAACGGGAAAUUAUUAUCUUGCGAAGUGAGAAUGGAGAAACAUGGAAGGAACAUGACAAUUCCGUAGAUAACGAUGAUACCCUUCUCAAUACGCCUUAUGAUCCUCAGAUGAGUGUCGCGCACUCAGGUAGAAUUACUCGCAUAAUCACUACAGACUUCCCGCAAUAUUUCGCUAUUGUAACCAGAAUCAAACAAGAGGUUCAUGUUAUCGGCGCCGAGGGUUGCAUUUUGUUAUCCAGCGUAGCGAAUCAUGUGCAGGCCGUUUUCCCUCCAGGAGCCUUAACAAAGAAAAUUAAAGUUGGCUUGCAGGCGCAUGUUAUUCCGACUGAACUCACAGCCAAACUGCUCGGCAAUUGCGUUGCCGUCUCACCGGUGAUCACAAUCGAACCUAGACGACGAAAAUUCCAUAAACCAAUAACCCUUACGAUCCCUGUGCCACAAGCUGCGAACAAGGGGAUGAUCAAUCAGUAUGGUGGAGAGACGCCAACAUUACGCCUCUUGUGUAGCAUCGCGGGUGGAACCAAUGAGUCACAAUGGGAAGAUGUCACUGGAUCAACACCAUUAACUUUCAUGAACGAUAAAGUAUCGUUCACCACCACUGUCUCAGCAAGGUUCUGGUUAAUGGAUUGCAGAAAUAUUGGCGCAGUACCUAAAAUGGCAACGGAGUUGUAUGAGGCAUCCUUACAUGUGCCAUACAUAACAAACUUCAUAAUAUAUUCGAAAAGAAUGGAUGUGUUGGAAGCUACAUUGCGAAUAUUAUGCAUGACUGAUGGUAAAGAAGGCAUGCACACCUUGGAAAGACAAGAAGAAUUCACGGAAAUUGUUAAAAGUCGUGAUGUUGAGGCACUCGAUGGGAAAGAUCUUUAUAUUGAAUUUAGCGGAAAUUUAGUACCAGUAACGAAAUCCGGUAUGCAAUUGAAAUUCACAUUUAGGGCUUUCCGACAGAAUCGAUUGUCGUUCCAUGUUAAAGUAAAAGAUCCGUUAUUGGAUCCAGUAGCGAGGAUGUUAUUUAUGCGAGAACCAAAAGUUGCUAAAGGAGAACCACCUCAGCAGCCUAUUUGUGUGUUAAAUAUUGUCCUUCCCGAAACUAUUAUUAAACAAGAUAUAGAAAAGAAGUUAAAAGGUUAUGAAGAUUCCAAUAUUAUAAAUCAAAAACUAGAUUACUAUAAAUCAAAGUACAAAAUGGAACAAAUGGAGAAAACUGAUAAGCCUAAAGAGAUCUCCUCUCCAACAGAAAAGAAACUUAUAACCGAUACAUUACAAAAGGAACAAACAGAUGCCGCUAUCCACGAAUCCUUUGCACAAAAAGCGGCUUGUCCCCUAGAAUCCGUAGAUGCUAGUUAUCCUAAUAAAGUAGGCGCCGAUCAAUCGGAACCGGAUCUGUCGCCCGAUCUCGAAAGGCAAACGUACUCGGAGAAGCGUAAAUUCUGGGAAGAUAUCUCGAAGAAGCGCGAAAGCUACCAGCGUUCUGAAUCCGAGAUUUCGAGAACCUCUCAAGUGACGAUUAACGAGAGCGACAGCGAGUCGUGCCAGCCGAAUGUCGUGUCCGAGGAGGGUGAUGGAACCACAGAGGGUAUUUCGGACGUCAUACGAUCGGAAACCAUCGAGGACAUCAACGUACCGGACAUCUCGGAAUGUUCAGUGGCGGAGAAGGCACACUACUUUGAAGAACAGAUACAGAAAGAGAUGGCGAAAGGCACGCCAAGAGUACACCAGCAAGACUCUGUCAAGUCUGAGAAAGACAAACCUCUCUUCAAGGGCAAAUCGAUCGAAGAUCAGAAGAGUCGAGUAGAAAAAAGUGUACUGGAAAUAACAAAGGAAAAAAUCGAUAUCGAAGAGAAACACGUGGCGGAAGCGAGAGAGAUAGAUAAGAUUGCAAAAGCUGCUAUGGAACAUGAUAAAUGGAAGGAAACAUGGAAAGAACCGAAAGAUAAAAAGAAGAAAGGUUCGGACGAGGAUAAAGAAGUGCGUGAAGAAGUUCAGAAGAUAAUAGCUCAGCCAGUGAUGGAAAUUUGUAAAGAGUUAUUAAAUAAGGAAAGGGAACUCGCUGAGGAGACAGAAGUGAGACAUAUGAUUACAGAAGAGCUCCCUACACAAAAGAAGCCUGAUAUAUCAACGGAUGUGCAAGAAAUCGUGGAAGAAGAAAGGCCACAGACACCAUUAAGCAAGGAGAAGUCGGCUAGAAGACGAAUGAUAACGGAGGAAACAACGAUUAUUUAUAAAAUGCAAAAAGACGGAACUCUGGUGCAAGAGCAGAUUCACAAGUCGGUACAAAUCGAAGGUGCGAAUGGUAAACCAGUUACACAAGUUCCGGAAGUUAGCGUAGAAACAAAGAUAUUUGAAAAAGGUUUACCAGAAACUUACGAAGUGCAAACUAUAGGCGACGUUGAGAGAUUACGGACGGAGAUUAAGGCUGAAUCGUUUCCUCCUGAUGUUCAAAAAGAAAUCGAGCAAUUUCUUGAGGAGGAGAAGCGAAUCGAGGACGAAGUGGAAAUGGAAGAAAAGAAGAAGAUGACCGAGAUUAAUCUUGAAAAAGAAAAGAAAUUCACUCCUGACAUAGAUAUUAAACAGAUGAAGAAAGAAUUCGAAUCUCGCAUUCCGAUUUCCACGGCAAUGGCUGAAAAGGAUAAGAGCCAGAAAGAAGGAAAGGGCAAAACUUUACCAGAAAAACCUGAGGAAAAAUCGAUAAAAAGUUCUCCAAUAGCGGAGAGGGAAAAGGAUGCUGCUUCACCAGUCAGCAAGAAGAAAGAAUUUGAAUCUCGUAUACCAAAACGUAUUGCAGAAGGAGCGGCAAUGAAAGAAAAGGAAGGGAUGAAAAAGGACUUAUCGGGACGAAAAGACGGUGAGACCGUCACUGUUACUGAGAAGAAAUCCAGCGAGGAAAUCACUUCGCGACAUGAGGAACGCUCGACUACGAAAAGCACGACGCAGACUUUUUCCAAAACUUUUACCGACGUGCAGGAUGCAUUCAAGAUGUUCGAAGACAUAAGUACAAUGAAAGAUAAGGAUUUUGGUACAGUCACUUCGAAAGUUGAUACCAAAGCUACCACUAAAGUAGAAAAAAAGGAGAUACUUUCAUCUGAGAUCUCCAGCGGUGCGGAUAAAUUUAUAACUCAUGAAGAGAAGGAAAGAGUGGAACGGAAGAAGUCUUCAGAGUCUAAAUUGACUAAGGAAUCACCAGCUGAAACAAUAGAGGAGAAGAAAAGUAAAAGCGAAGAGAUGGAUAAAACCACAAUGCAGAAGAUGUCGAUGAAUGUGACGGAAGAUAAGGAAGUGAUAGAUGCAAGUGCUUCUGAAUCUAGAGCGGAAAGUAAAAAGGAAGAAUUAUUUAAACUGCUGGAGGAUAGUGAAGGAAUCGCAACGGAAAAAUCAGGAACUACUAGAGACAGACAAAGUGAUGUGGAUGUAGCAAUUCGAAUUAAGAAAGACGAUACGAAAGAGGUAGAAGAUGUUAAGGAAUUACCUAAAACAGCUAAAGAUGAAGAAAUAGACUUGGAAAAAGUUGAAAUGAUUGCACAAGGACAAUCUUACAGAGAAAGCUCGGACAGUUUUAAAAUUAAGCAAUUUAUACCUAGCCAGAAAGAGAAAAUGGAUUCAACCAAAAAGGGUGAAAAAGAUGAACAACUUGUAAGUAAAGAAGCUCCGAUGUCUUUAGAGAAAAAAGAACAAUUAGUCGCCAAAGAAAUCGAAGCGCGAAAUAUAGCGGAAGGUCUGAUACAAUCGAUUGAGAGUGAAAUCGAGAGAAGAUCAUCGACAUCAGGAUUGAAACCCCAGAUGUUGAGUAAAGAAUAUCUAGAUCAAUUAAUCUCCGAAAGCAGUGAUACUGACCACGAAAAAUUGGCGGACGAUCUGACAAAGAAAUUUGAAAGCAUUGUAAAAAAGGACGAAUUGAUGGAAAGCAAAGCAGAACAUCCGAUUGCGGGAGAAUUAUCGAAAACAUCUAUACAAGAGGAAUUAUUUGAGAAAGGAGACACUAGAGACAGUGACAUAAGCGAGGAUAUAACAAGAGAUGAAGAAUCUUCAUUGCAUGACCGAGAAGAGAGCUUACAAUCAUCUUCGCAAGCCAAGCUUCAAGAUAGAGAUAUCACUGUAAGUCCUAGCAGUAUAUCUGAGCAGAUUGAUCUGGAAGAAACGAUCGAUGUUGACACUGGAGAAUUGGAGGACAUAUCUAAGCCUAUAUCUAGUCCACAUUCCGAGAAAUUUCGUUCGGAUAGAUCAAGCGGUCAAGUUGAACCGCUUCAAAAAGACAUGUAUGGUGAUACUAGUUUAGUGAAAGACAAGAUAGUAUCGGAAAUCUCGGGCGCUAGAGUGUUAGAAAUUUUGGAGCCAGGUAUAGACAGUCGCCAGGACUCGGUCGAUGUACCGUCUUUGGAGUUAGAUGAGCAUAAAGUGUCUGAACAGACUAGUAGGGAUGUACCAUCCUUGCACGAGAGCAUGGCUGUUGAUUCUUUGGAGAGGAUUGAUCAAGAAAAAGAUAUGACCGUUAGUUCUAGCACAGUGUCUGAAGACGUUAAUGCAGAUUAUUCUCCGAUUCAUGAGCAUGUCUCUUCGACUUCACCAAAGGAGUAUGAUGCUGGGGAUAGACGAAGAACGGACAGUUUUGAAAUUGAAAGCCCGCCGUUGGUCUCACCAAGAGUUAAACAUGUACGUGAUCUAGAGAUCAAACCAGUGGAUUGGAUGAUCGGCGACGAGAAAAUCGAAAUAUCGGAAACACUACAGCCUUCUCAAGUUUUUAAUCAGGAAUUGGAGGAGUAUGAGUCGUCUCUACAACGUGCUCGCACUUCCUCGCAAGACGAAUCUAUAGAACAAGAAUCCGUAACAAAAUCCUCUGAAGAAAUUAGUGUAGUUGAAUCGGUAGAAUCAGUUGCUAGUGAUGUCAACGUGACUGUUACGACUACCACAACUAAGGCAACAAAGUUUACCGUAGUUCCAGUGACUGAGGACUUUGAUAGCGAAUAUAUAGUAGAAAAUAAAUUGGAGGUUACUUGUCAAGAAUUGGUUGAUACUUUGCGACGAGAACACGAUGCUAGAACGCCGACACAAGAAUAUGCUAGUCUAAGGCAACCGAUGCCCCGUGAGGAUGAUCUGGAAACAGAAGAAGCAAAAAAUUUUAAUGGGGAAGCUCUACCUAUUGAAAUUGCAGAAAUUAAACCUCAAGAAACGGGUAGAAAAAUUGUUCAAAGAGACAUUUCUGCGGAUAAAAUAUCUACAACGAAGGGAGAAAAAGAAGAAUCUAUUCAGCAUAUUGCAGCUGAGGAAAUACAAGUACAGGAAAAAUUUGAAGAUACUGAUAAAGCUACAGAAGAAUCAGAAGCUACAAAAGAAGAAGUUAUAGAAACUAAGGAAAUUCAGAAGGAUUCUACAAGAGAAGGAUUAGAAUUACCAAAGUGUGCAAGAGUUGAUGAUGUGCUAAAAGAAUGGACGGAGACUUAUCUAGCGAAGAUCAAACCUCCUAGCGAGGAAUACAAACGACAUAUGGAGAAGACUAUCGAGAAGCAUGAUAAACCCAGCAAAUCGACUGCUUCUUCCGAUACUUGUGCCUUGAAAAUAAAAAAAGACGACCUCCAAAAUGUCGAUCUGAGUGCGCGAUACGCAAUAACAGUGCUAGAUCAAGUAGUGAAAAAAGAGAUUGCUGAAGUGAAGGAAUCCUUAGAGGCAGCUAAGCAAGAUUUGAUUGAAGAGUUGAGUGAGAACAGUCAGACUGUAAUUCAGAUAAAAGAUUCGCCCUCAGAGUUUCAGUUCAAACUCCAACCGGAAUCCAUCCCGAAUGACUUACCGUUUUUGUACAGACCACCGUCCAUUGAACACGUUCCUGUGGAGACUGAACCAGAAACCGAGACUGAAAUUACUACGCAAACCGAAUUAUCAUUCGCGAAAAUUCAAAAACUUGACGAAGCAAAAUACGAAGAUACAAAAGACAUUGUCGAUGAAAAAGCGACUGUUGAAGCAACUGCCAUCAUCGACGACAAGCCAACUGAUAUAGUUAAAGCACCUGAAAUUGAUAUUGAAAAACAUGAAGAAGAAGAAGAAGAACCCAUAAUAACUAUUCAAGAUGAACUGGAAGAAGAUGAAGAAGGUCGUCCCAGUCCGCUUCCUAUCAGUAGAUCGUCAGACAUUGGAUCAGACAUGGAUAAUAGGGACGAUAGUUAUUCCUUGGCACCGCCCCAACCGGCACCGAGGAGACGUCAGAAAUCGGCUAGGUUAUCAAAGAAAGUGAAAACCUCGGAAAGUGAAGCUGAUGUCGGUUCAAGUUCUGGCGAGAGCAGCAACUAUCAGUCCUGCGAUUACGAGAUUGGUAGUGGAAGCAGACCUAGUUCGUCCGAUGUCGAAGCGCUACAGUCUGCCGCAGGUGUGCAAUCCGGGACCGCUUCGGAAUACGAGACAGCGAUGAUGUCGGUCGAACACGAAGGAUCGAAAACAAUACCGACGUCGCAAGAGUAUCAGACUGCGGCGAGUACGUUAAGCUCCCACGAAUCCAUGAAAUCUUUGAAUUCCCUGAGCUCGGGUCAUCUCGGCAGUAUUGAUAGCACCAGUGAGUUGUCAGAGACUCUAGUACCUUCCGAAGAAGCGGAUGCAGAUGCAGAUGAAAUAGAUGAAAACCUGGAAAGUGCGUUGGACGCGGAGCAGGAGAUGGCUGAAGCAUCGGAUUCUUCCGGUAGCGAAGAAAUACCAAUGGACGAUACCAUGGAUAAGAUUGACAGUCAUAUACCGUGUCGCAUGAAACGUUCAUCUGAAAUGAUCUUUCAACAGAUUUUGGAUGAUAGUGUUAGUCUAGAGACGGAAUCCAUGGACGAAGUGUUCGAAGAGGAUCAUGCCAAGGUUGCAGACUCAGCUACUUCCGCAUCUAUGGACGCACCGGGGGCUCUUCAAUCCGUGGACAUAAUGACGUCGCGAGUGUCCGAAGAUGGAAUUCAGAGUGUAUGCACGCAAGUGAUUUCGACACGAGUGACCAUGCCCAGUGAUAGUGAAGAGCUCGAGGAGGAAAAAGUGGAAGAUUUGGAAACAGAAAGAGAUACAGAAAAAGACAUGGAGAUAAUGGACGUAGAAAUGACAGGAAGUCUAGAACAGAGAUCGAGUCUCGAUAUUCCUGGAGACGAAACUCUUGAACCGAUGCAAACGACAUCCGUCCAUUCGAUGCUGCAACAGGCCAGCAUGUCUUUGUCCUCGACAUCAGGGAUGUCCUUCGAUACCGUUGUAGAAAAAGACAUAGAAAAGGAUAAGUCUGAACGUCAUUCACCCGAUAGCGAUUCAUUUGAACUUGUAGAUAAACCCGAUAUCAUCGAUGAUUUCGUAGUGAUUGAAGAAGUCGGUCGUGAAGCAGAGGAGUUCGAUGCUGAGGGUAAGAGCAUUCGUAUUAGUUCGGUACCUCAGACUACUAGCAAGCAGUACGACCGUGAUCUAGAAAAUCUGAUCGCAGAAAACAAGGAGGACACGCAGGUUUCGACAAGUCAGGUGUCAAAAAACAAUGAUCUGUUUGAUUUCGAGUCUGAAGAAAGUCCACCACAGGCGUCGAACGACGACCAAUCUCAAUCCUAUUCCGAUGAAGAACAAUAUGAGAGUAAGAAAUGGAUAGAAAUGCAAUUCCACGCUGACGCACGAGUCUAUGACAUCGAGUACGAUCGCGGACCAUUGGAAGACAUCAAGGAGGAAGAGAUCACAGAUUUUGAAGCCGGCAGCAGUAGACUCGGCAGUUUAGGCAGUCACAAAGAAUCUAUAGGGAGCGUUGGAAGUAUGCGCGGUAGCUUUGGUAGUACACCGGACUAUGAUGUUCUGGGGAAAAAAUAUUUCAGCAAACCUACGGAUCAUGAUACCCUAUCGUUGACUUCAUUGCAGGAGUUUGAACACCUAGAAAGCACCGUAGCAGCCGAGAAUUCGCGGAGAUUGCAAUGCGGAUCGCAGGAUUCCAAUAGCAAUAAUGGUAGUCUUCCGAGAAGAUAUAUAACUCGUUCAGGUCAUGGUGACGAUGUCUCUUUGUCUUCGCUAAAGGACUUCGAAGGGUUGGAGAAAGCUUGCAGAGAGGCUCAUCUGAUGGAACUGCGAGCUCGUGAAGAGGAAGAGCUACUGGAACACGAAAGUCCGGAGAAUAAAUACAAAAUGGAAAAUUUGCCACGCUCGAGAACGGAAGCGGAACGGAGCGCGACUGGCUCGUUCAAUCCUAGCACUUCCGGAUCGGACGAUUACGAAAAGAGGAUAAAGGAGAUUGAUGAGAUAAUACGUAUCGCUCAAUCCAACGUGGAAAAGUUUGAUCGGCAGGAUGAUACGACGGAGGAUAUUUCACAGAUCGAGAUUACCGAUGCCGAAAGAGUUAUCGCUCAGCCAAUUCCAGAAACUCUUCCAGAAGAAACGGAAGAAGCGCAAGCGUUACAGAAAGAAAGCAAUAUCAUGGAAACUAGUACAGAUUCCUUAGAAUUAGAAGAUGCAGAAAAAAAAUAUCAUCCAUUGUGUCGAAGCUCGGACUCUUUAGAGAUGAAAACGACCUUGGACCUUCCAUCUCUGAGCUCGGAUUCGUUGAAUAAUAUAAAAGACGCAAAGGAAAUGCAAGAAACUGCCGAGCAAUACGGUGGCAAUGGAAGACGCAUUUCAUCGGAUUCUUUGGAGAUGCCUGUAUUAGAGCAACAGAGAAGCAUCGAAAGCAAUGAAGAGGAAGAAGCGGCAGUUGGUAGUUCUGCUGGACGAACAUCUUCAACGGGAACUAAAACGAGUAAUGGCAAAACGAAAAUAUCAAGUAGCGAUACAUAAGACAAUUUUCGUAGAUAAGUGGACCAUUAGGAGGGAUUUUUGCCAUGAUUUCAUAAACAUAUUACAGGAUAACUCAAGAAGCUUUAUAUGUAAAACACGAUAUUAAAUAAUGUACUAAGUAGUACAUUAUCUAAUAAUGUACUAAGAUAUUAAAUAAUGUGCAUUGUGGAUAUACAAGAUACUAUUACAUUUUAUCCUUAUUUUACGCGAUGUCUUCUGAUAAUAUUUAUAUUAUGCUUAAGUAAGAUAGUUGCUAAGAUAAUAUUGUUGCGUGAAAUAAGGAAGUGGAAGAGGAUGCUUGUCAUUAUUAAAUUUUAACGUAUGUAUUUGUUGUAAUUCUUGCUAUACUUGUUCCGGAAAAUGCAAAUAAUCUUACUUAACUGUUUUUGAAGUCUUUACAUAUGUUAAGUUGCAUUUAUGAAUACAUACUUUAAAGUGCUACUUACAUGUUUUACUUGUAUUACAACGCAAACGAUAUUGUAUUAUUAUAGCGUAUUUUAUAAACGUUUUGAUUAUGGGAUGUCUUUGUGGAUGCACUUUCAUAAAAAUAAUUAUAAAAAUUUUAUAAUAUAUUUGACGUACCUCGUAUCUUGUAAUAAUUUCAAGCGUUUGCAAAACUCAAAAAUACAAUAAUGCUAUCUUAAUGCAUGUUUACAAAGGAAGAUAGAUAAUAUCUAACGUAAUAUCUAAAUAGAAAAUUUUAUAUGCGAAUAUAAUAUUUAGGACACACACACACACACACACACACAC